UUUGGUGUGUACCAUGCAAAUGAAGACUAUUUUACUAGAAAAGUUAUCAGCAGAAUACAGUGGAUCUGAACUUGAUAUCUUUUAGCUCUGCCAGUCUCAAAAAAUCAUGGUUCCGAGGAUUUAGUAUUCCCUGCACUCUCUGCUUCACUCUUCAGCUCCUCUUCAAGUUUGUUAUGUGCUGCUUCUGAAGGUUUUGUUCUUUGUUUCAAACAGUGGAUCCCAUUUUCAGAACUAAACAUAAGAUAGUUCUUUGCUGCUACUUAUAAAAAACUGAAGUUUAGCACAAAUCUUAAGUAUCUAGAUCUGCCUUUAAAAUCCAUAUAGACUCUUUAGAAUUGUUCAUAAGUAAUUAGGCAAAAGUAAUCAAGAGAAGGGGUGAUUUUGUUGGUACAGUACAAGCAACCACAAGAAGUUGUGGUAUAUAAAAAUGAGAUCCAUAGAGGACAAAGGAUGCUUGAAUUAUGGACAAAAACAAGAGGUUGUAGGAGGAGGCAGCAGUAUGAAUUUUGAGUUUCAUAAAGGGAAUGGAGUAAAUCGUGCAACGACACACCAUAGAGCAGCAGCCUCAGGUAAACCAACACCAUCAAAAUGGGAUGAUGCACAAAAAUGGUUAGUGAAUCUUUCAAGAGGUGGAGGAGAAAAACAACAAUCUAAAGCCACCCCUCGAAACUCGAAUGCUGAUGACUUAAGGUUGAUUGCACCAGUUCCAAAGAAAGAGGAUUAUUCGAGUGGCGAGGAGGGAGAUUCUAGUAGUAUGAUUCAAUUUGAAGUUGAAACAAAGAAAGUUGAUUGUGAUGAAUCAAUAUGGAGAAUUAAUAAGGCUUCUAAUAACAACUCUGCCUCAGCUGUUCGAUCGAUAUGUGUUAGGGACAUGGGAACAGAAAUGACCCCAAUUGCAAGCCAAGAACCAUCAAGAACUGCCACUCCAAUUAGAGCUACAACUCCAGCAGCAACAAGUCCAAUAUCCUCAGGAUCUUCUACUCCUGUUAGGGGCCACAAUGGGCUACUGCAGACUAUAGAAAAUGGUCAAACUGUUGCCACCACAGCUCAGAACAGGGGAAAUGCAGGGACUACACGAAUCGUUCACGAUGCAGAAGAAACUAUUGACAAUGAAUUAGCAGCUAAGAAGGAAACUGAACCUGCAAAUCCACUAGAAACUCGCGCAAUGGCUUGGGAUGAGGCUGAACGUGCCAAGUACAUGGCCAGGUAUAAGCGCGAAGAGGUGAAAAUACAAGCUUGGGAAAAUCAUGAAAAGAGGAAAGCUGAAAUGGAAAUGAAAAGAAUGGAGGUAAAGGCAGAAAGAAUAAAAGCAAGGGCACAAGAGAAGUAUACAAAUAAGUUGGCAUCAACAAGGAGAAUAGCAGAGGAGAAAAGAGCCAACGCUGAAGCAAAGCUGAAUGAAAAAGCUGUAAAGACUUCUGAAAAAGCAGAUUACAUAAGGAGGACUGGUCAUCUUCCUUCCUCUUUCUCUUUUAAGUUACCUUCUUUCUGCUGGUAGCACCUUUCUUCUUUAGUACAAUUUGAAAGGCUACAGAUGCGAACCAGGAUUUGAAGCUACAGAUUCGGAAUUAUUGUCCUUUUAAGUUAUUGAAUUAUAAAUUAAUAAUUUGUAUAUAUUUAAUAAAUUUUUCAAAACAAA